AUGUGGAAACAAGAUAUUGGGCAAUGGGUGGAACGUAAAGGGCGCCGUGGUUUAACUGGAGGAGAACAGCAACAACAACAACAAACACGACAUUUGACAACACCAACACGUCAUGCAGGCCGUGCGGGUUUUUUACCAGAGGGAUUUAAAGAACGACCAGAAGAUAUUCCCACUGCCUCUGCAAUUCCAACCGAUUUCUCAUCCCUACCAAAAACAACAACAACAACUACUACUACUACUAAUCCAAGUUCAUUACAGGAAGGGGGAACAUCACAUGCGGGGGAAUGUUGGGUGGCUGUCUAUGGUGUAUCAGCGGGAAGUAUAUUAGAUGUGCGAGAGUAUCUUGAUAUCAUGUUUGGUCGUACAGUAGAACAUGCCUGUCCAAGAGAAAAUGGAAUGGUUGGAAAGAGUCAUAUACUUCAAGUGGGUAAUGGGACGAAUUGGUUUUACGUAAAGUUUGAAAACUCCGUUGCUGCUGCACGAGCGGUAUAUCAAAGUCCUCUUACAAUUCCUAUUCUCACUGGUGGUUAUCUAGGUAGUAGUGCUAUAGGAACAAGUGCUAUCAUGACUACUUCCAGAGAUAGUGUGGGUUCUAAUAAUGUGAAUGUUAAACAAGAAAUUGUUGGUGUUGCCUGGUGUAAUGACGCAACUUUUUUACAAGAGCAUGAACAAAAAAAUAUAAAAGAAACAGAGGAAUUUAUAGGAAAAAAUCCUAUCAGAAGCAGUAGUAUUGAUAAUAAUAAUAAUAAUAAUAAUAAUAUUAAUAAUAAUAUGACCAGUAAAGGUAAAAGUCCUGUACAAGAUCUACAUGAUGAUACUAUUAAAAAUGCUGCUGGAGUAACACCAUGUGGAGCCGAUCGACUUAACCGAACACGUCUUCCUACUUCCCACAGUGUUACUACUACUACUACUAAUGCUAAUGCUAAUGCUAAUGCUAAUGUUGUUAAUGAGAUGGGAACAACACGGGGUUCACGUGGAUUAGGCAGUCUUUUACGAGAUGCUUUAUACUCACCAUGGAGUAUGCGAUGGACGACCUCACGUCCAUCCUACAGUGAAGAUACCUCACCAUUACCAAAAACAGGAGGAGCAUCUAUAUUAGCAUCCGGAGGAAGAGGAAGAGGAGGUGUUGGUUCAUCCUCUACAGAUCGUACAGAAGUCUUUCAUGAGAGUUUUCAAAGUCCUGAUCAUAAAGCUUCUGUAUGGAAUAAUAAUAAUAAUAAUAAUAAUAACAAUAAUGGUAUGAAUGCUCCUCUUGGUAGUGGUAGUGGUAAACAACAGAAUUCAAAGGAUAGGACUGGUUCUAUAGAAAGAGAUAUACAUUCUCCUACAUUUCUCUUUUCACGAAGUCGUCAAGAGUACUUUGAUACCUCACGACAGGUGAAUAGUGCUGUUCCUGUACCUCCACUUCCUGGGAAUUUAUCUAUUCUUAGUGCUUUUCGUGCGGAUGUCUCUCAACGUCGUUUACCACAUCGAAUCAUUCGACUUUUUAUAAACCUUCCUUCUUAUAUUUCGCACCGUUUAACUUCACAUACAUUUCAUGAUUCCAACCUUCAAGAUAUCACCACAGUGGAUACGCAGUGGAAUUCCAUAUUUGGAGGUUGUAGUAUUGAACAACGAUAUGGACAACAACGAAGAUUAUUACGACAUCGUCAUUAUAAUGCUGCCGCACGUCUUCAUACAGAGAAUGGUGGAACUGGAGAAUCAUCCCCUAGUCUUAUGUAUUGGGCUCCAUUACGUUGGUAUGAAAGCACAACCGUGUUUUCUUUAAUAGUUUUUCUCUUACUACUCUUUCUACUCUCUGCUGUCAGUUCUAUUAUGGUGAGUACAACCGAUAUGGUGAGUAGCGAUCGCUGGAGUAGUGGGGCGACACUUUCAUCAUCUUCUUCUUCUGCUUUUCCCACAGAAGUGGAUUAUGGAAUUAGGAAGAUAGAGACUGCAGAAGUACCACCGGUGGGUCAAGUACAAGGCACUAUCUUUGCAGAUGGUGGAUACAGAAGUAAUUUAUAUCAGGCACGAACACUAUAG